GAAGGGAACAGGUUACAGUUUUUUCCAUUGACUUACACAUAAUUUUACUAACUGUGUGUCUUUUUUUCAAAAGGAUUAACACACUUUUGCUGAAACUGAAAAUGAACUGAACUGAACUGUCAUUCGGUUCGCGAAGUGGGAAGUCUGUGCAGCACUGGGAGAAAACCGGAAGCGGAAGUGUGAGCUGGUGAGCGGCAGGGAGUUUCACGCUGCUCGGAGAGAGCUGCCAGGUGGACUCGGACUGAGCCAAACUUCCUACCUGUGAUGUCACAGCGUGGGUGGAGCCUGCAGAUGUCGCCAUGCCGUACGUAGACCGACAGAAUCGCAUCUGCGGCUUCCUGGACAUUGAGGAGAUGGAGAACAGUGGCAAGUUCCUGCGCCGCUACUUCAUCCUUAGCACGGAGCAGCGCAACCUGCUGUGGUACAUGGACAACCCACAGAAUCUUCCAGAAGGAGCAGAGAACGUUGGAUCUCUCAACCUCUCCUACAUCUCCAAGGUGAGCGAUGCCGCCAAAACGAGGCCAAAGACAGAGUUCUGCUUUGUUAUAAACGCAGCAAUGAGGAAGUUCUACCUGCAGGCCAACGACCAACAAGACUUGGUGGAAUGGAUCGCUGCUCUCAACAAUGCCACCAAGAUAACUGUGCCAAAGGUCAGCGUGGCUAUGGUGGCAGACACCCAACAGGAAGUCCUGGGAGUCUCCUACAAGACUGAAAUCAUUGGAGGAGUGCCAAUCGUCACGGCUACUCAGACUGGAAAACUUGUCUUUACAACAAACAGUGACUCUGCAGUGUUGCUGUGUUUUAUGGAACGGGGCGAGGGGCAGGAUGGGGUAGAGCGUGGAGGUUUGAGGCGGGGCCACAACCAGUCACCUUACUUCCUGUCCAGAGAAGCACAAGACCAGGCCGUCAUCAAGGCGGGGUACUGUGUCAAACAGGGAGCUGUGAUGAAAACAUGGAAGCGCAGGUACUUUAUCCUGGAUGAAAAUGCUCUCAGCUACUACAAGUCAGACUUGGACAGGGGGGCACUGCGAGUCAUCCAUCUAAAGGACAUUCUUAAAGUCCAGGAGUGCAAACAGAGUGAGCUGAUGAUGAGGGACAACCUGUUUGAGAUGAUCACCAGCUCCAGAACAUUCUACUUGCAGACUGACAGUCCAGAGGACAUGCACAGCUGGAUUAAAGCCCUCUCCGGCGCCAUCGUGGCACAGCGGGGACCCGGCCGCUCCAUCAACACGGAUGAAGCUGAGCCGUCACCUCCGGCCGCCACAGCGUCGUCCUCCACCUUUUAUUACCCCAUCAGUGAGGAGCUGCAUUGCCCACAAUCCUCCUGUCUGCCCACUCAUCCAAAAGGCGAACUCUCACCAUCACAACUUCAUGGCCUUUCUUCCGCGGAAGUCGAACGUCUCGUCAUUGAAGACGUCCAGCCAGGCGGCUUGAUCCCGUCUCUAACUGCAGAUGGAGACACCCACCAAGUUAAGCCAGGGGAAGAGUCGCUAUGGAAACGGCAAAGCGACAUAUCCCAGCAGGUGCUUGUCAACAGCAGGGAGGAUCAAAGCUCCGCCAUUACGCCAGACGUACGCAUGACCUCGUGAGGAGGAGGAUGAUGAUGGUGAAACAUAGUCUUUUUUUCUCCCCCAAUUUAAUUACAUGUGUAAUAACUUUCAUUUUGCUCUGCUGACUUACCUUAUUUUGACUUUUUGGAUUACUUAUUUAUUAAUAAAACACUCCUUCAAA